AUGGACACUUGUUACGUGCCUAACAACCCGGCCUACACCGAUUGCUGGAGGCCCCUGUCGCCCGCAUGCGGCCAGGCGCCUACACUCACCUCCCUGCGGCCAUUAGCGGCCUCCAGCCCGCCGCAGCACCCGCCGCCAGCAUAUCCGCCGCCUCGAUCGCCACUCCCAACCUACGUCCACACAGAUGACUUCCCGCCAACCAGGACGCCUCCAGAGGCCUCCAGCGAUAACCUGUACACUGCUACGCUCCAGACUCACUCCAGUAUGAGCUCCUUCCCGGCGCUCUUUGACUUGGAGCCGCUGCCCAACUUCGUCACUCUCUCCCCACACGCCCCCUACAACAGGGAGGUGAGCAGCAUGCUGGGGAAGGAGAAAGGGGACCACAUGGCGGACGUGUUGCUGUCGCUGAAGCACGCAGUGGUCCACCCGCACCAGACACUACCCAGCAUGAUGGGGGGCAUGGGCACAGGCGGCUGCUACACGACAGGAGGCUACCAGGACGCUGCCUACUCCGCCCCCGGCGCCCAUCACGUAUUUCCCGCCAUGAGUGUCAAUGUCUCCAUGAACAUGACUAUGGGCGUCUCCAACGUCAACAUGGGCUACUCCCCGGAGCAGUCCUUACAGCAUCAGUGGGCGACCAGCUGUUCCGGUCCACAGACCUCAUCAGUCUCUCCCGUCGGGAGUGUAGGGUACCCGCAGCACUCCGCCCCUGGCCUAGUCAGUCCUCUACCCAUGUCCUACAGCGGGUCGUGCAGCCAAGGGUACGGCGUGGGGUCGUACUCGUGGAGCGGUGACCUUCGACCUGACCAUCCAGCGAUGCCGACCUUCGAUAGGGACCUUUGUCUGCGGUCGCCGCCCCUCCGUCCUCGUCCUGGGUCGCCCUGCGUCCCCUCCUACCACAAUACCACCCCCACCACACAAUUCUCUUUGUAUCCCCCUACAGGCGGGCAGCUGUCGCCGACGCUGUCCGCCCUGCGUCGGCGCCCCUCCGUCGGUGGCGUCAUGACCAUGUCCGGCCUCUCCUGCAACACCACCCUCGACAUCUCCAAGCCUCUCCUGACGGACGGACUCAAGCCUAACCUCUGUAGGAUCUGUGGCAAGACCUACGCCAGACCUUCCACCCUCAAGACGCAUCUUAGGACUCACAGCGGAGAGAAACCCUACAGGUGCAACGACUGCAACAAAUCGUUCAGCCAGGCAGCCAACCUGACGGCGCACGUGAGAACUCACAGCGGCGAGAAGCCAUUCCGCUGCCCCAUCUGCGACCGCAAGUUCUCCCAGUCAUCCUCCGUCACCACGCACAUGCGCACACACUCGGGCGAGCGACCCUACCGCUGCAGGAUGUGCAAAAAAGCCUUCAGCGACUCGUCCACGCUCACCAAACACUUGAGGAUUCACUCCGGCGAGAAACCCUACCAGUGCAAACUCUGUUUACUCCGCUUCAGUCAGUCUGGAAACCUCAACCGUCACAUGAGAGUCCAUUCGCAGACCUCUUGAGGCUGCUGACGACCCCCUCAACUCUCCACCUGUCUGCGUCACGUCCCGUCUGCUUGAGGCUUCCGGCGUCACUCUGUGCCACAGUGGGAUCUGUGGCACCUCUGUGGGACCUGUGGGAUCUAUGGAACCUGUGGGAUCUGUGGCACCUGUGGGAUCUGUGGAACCUGUGGAAUCUGUGGCACCUCUGUGGGAUCUGUGGGACCUCUGGACGCCAUCUUCCACUCUUCGGGUCCUCUUGGGCAGCAGCCUCACUAGCGACUGUUUAAGGGACUAUACGACGCUUUUCUCAUUUUUUUUUUUACAUUUCACUGGACAUUGGAGUGAUACCACCAGCUGUUUGGGACAUUUUCAUCGCUAUGUUGCUAAGGUGCAUCAAAGGGAAUAUGAACCCUGCUCUCCGCUACCGAGGUGUUAUGAAUGCUAUUUGCUCUGCUGCGACGUCAUCCACGCUGUCAAUGUAUUCUGAGACCUUUGAACACUACCCUCUGCUACGAAAAGCUGACUAAACACUAUUUCCAUAACUGUAGAAAUCUUGAACAGUUCCUACCAGAAUAAUACCCUAAGGUACCACCUGAAAGACGCUCCCAAUACCAGCUACCAACAACAACAGCUUCGUCCCCUCUCCCGUUGUUUCCGUUGUAACCACUCAGCACACCUUCAUCCUGCUUCCAGUUAGUUUACCUGUGGUUGGGCACCAUUCCUUCCCCCGUCCCAUCCAAAAUCCUUACCCUAACCCCUUCCCAGUGCUAUAUAGUCAUAAUGGCUUGGCGCUCUCCUCUGAUAGUUCAAUUCAAUUACCCGCUUGCAGGGUAGCAGGCCGUCGGGGUACUGGCCACACAUCUUUAACAAGUAGACAUGGAACGUUUACGCUUAUUUUUCAGCUGGUUAAAUCAUUUAUGCCGCUUCCAAGCGCUUCACCAGGCAGGCCAGGGCAACUACACCCCCUGGUAAACUGAGCCACGGGUCCUGCUGCUCAUGGGGUUGUAAAUACCAGGAAUAUAGAAGAAUGUUGGCGGCGUGUGGGAGGUGAUCUUUCGAUUGUGCCUGUGUGAGCGGGGCCCUCAUGGAGGCACUUGCUCAUGUUGUCACCUAUAUGUCGAAUUCACUCAUUAUAUACUCUUCAUAAAUUAAACUAAGAUUUUCCGAAUCUGUUAAGGCCAGUUAAUCUCUCCCUGUAUAUCUAAGUUAUAAUCAGUGCCUUUUCCUCCUCCUCCCUUCUUUAAACUAUUCUGUUAAUCUUUCCAUUUCAAUCAAUCAAUUCCUCACCGUUUUUUAAAUUAUCAGCGCUUUUGUCUGUCUCAAUCAGUUUCUCAUUCUAUGUAAACAAAGAUGUCACAGAAUCACGUCCUUCUCUAGAAUCAGCUCCUUUCAGUACCUGGUCUGGUAGUAACAAUGAAAUAAAGUCUGGUCACUUACGAGGAACUUGACUACCCAAGAGAGAGAUCGUGUGUAGGUGAACCUGGCUCAGUCAGUGACGGGCUGGUCUACGGUAGGUGAGACUAGUGUAGGUUAGAGACCCCAACUACCACAACACUUCCUACUACCUGCUUGUGUACCACAGUCACUACUACAAUCGACACAACCACCGGUAAUACCACAAUUUCCUCUACUGAACAACCUAAUACCAAAGACUCACAACAACAUCCUACACCACAAUCCCUGUGAUGGUAGAGGGUGUAGUAAAUACACCCAAUACCCUUGGUGAUGAAAGGGGAGAAUCAAAGACCUCAGACGCCUGCUAUCCUCCUGGCAUCUCCAGGUGAACACAAGCGAGGUCUGACUCGACUCAUCCAAGAUGGACCUGCCGACGGCAACUCAGAUCCCGGUCUUGUCGUUUCCACCUUCGUAUGUAGUCUCAACAUCUUGACGUUCUUGUCUUGCUUCAGUAGCAAAGCUGAAUGUUGUCUACCCCACACUAAGACUAAUACCAGUGUACAUCAAACCCUAGGUGACUCUCGGAGCGGAAAAUCAAUAAAUUGGGUUCAGGAAUGGCGGCCAGGCUUGGCAACCACGCAGGCUACUGGCUCUUUCCUUGAACUCCUGGCCAAUCAGAGAGGAGCGCCAGUCUGACGUUCAGGCUGGCGGCUCGGUAGUGUAAAUAAUAGCAAAAAAAGACUUGGUUCUUGUCAUUGUCCCCACCUUACAUUCACUCUGAGUAGUAGAGUGUUGUCACGAACUUGGAGGAUGUGAAAGUUGGUGGUAAGGGGACUAGCUGAAGUGUACACAGACCCCGCUAUGAGGGGAGAAGGGCGGCGCGCGGGAGGGGACGGGGCUGCCGGCCUACGCAUAAACGUUCUAAUACUCAGGACUGUGAAUAUGGGCUAGAACAACGAUCUUUUUUCAUAAUAAAUGCUGCAUGUUAUAUACCAAAGAAGUGUAAUUCUAUGAAUAAAGUUAUGCAUGUG